AUGAUUCAAUCAGGGAAAUAUGUGAAGAAACAGAAAAGAUCGAAAAAUGUCACUACUACAACGAAAGCUCCUUCUCCAACAGAAAUUUUAGUCACAUCAGAACCGAAAACAAAAAAACAAGAAAUUCACAACAAUCAGGAAAAAUCUACUAGUUUUGCAAAGAAACGUAAAAGAGAUAUUUCUUCAUUUGAACUUCAUCGUCAUUUGGUACCAUCGACGAGUAACAUAAAUCUUCGUCCACCAGCACCUAAAAAAAUGAAAAAAGUCAUGUUCAUCCAAUCAAUACCAUCUGAUAGUAUUAGUGUGAAUAAGAAUUAUCCAUUACCAGCGUAUUUAACUCAUUCACCAUAUUUAAUCUUUCAAGCCUUACGGCAAGAAUUUAAUAGUGCAAUAAAUAAAAAAGUUGAACGAAUAUUUCUUCAUGUACGCUUACAAUUAUUCGAUCGUCAAUAUCGUCUCGAGCUUGAUCAACGUUUAUGGCAAUCGUACUUAGAUAUUGGCCUCCAAGAAAAAUUAUGGCCUCGUUCAUUGUAUGAAAUUACCAAGACUGAUCAAGUAGAUCUAUGUGAAAAUUAUAUUAUGAUACAAUUAGCUAUGAUCGAUGAUCAAUUAGAGCAAUGUAAUAUGGAAUUGGCUAGACAAGCGCAAUCAACGAUAUCAAUUCUAUUACCAACACUCGAUAUUAUCGAUGCAAGUUUAAAAAAUUAUGUUUCCUUACAACAAAAUUAUUUAGUCGAACGCAUGCAACAUAAAAUAAUGAAAUUAAAGGAUGAGCUUUGUGAUGAACAACUCUAUCGAGAUUUAUUUUCUUACAAUUUCAAUACUGUUCAACGACAAAUCAUUGAACAGAUCAUUCAUGUACGAACGACACAAUUGCAAAUUUACGAAGAAUUUAUGAUGCUUGAACAACGUAUUCUACAUCAGUUUCUACCACCAAACUUUGAUCAAUUUGAAAAGAUUACAGCUCCUGAUAUAUAUUGGCCAUCGAUUGCUGAUCAGACACUUGUCGAUAUACGAACAAAACGUCGUACAAACUUGAAACGAGGAAAACGUAAUUUACUCAAUCUUUUUUAUGCUGUCUAUGAAUAUAAAAUCAAUGAAUAUCAAGUACACUAUAAAGAAAAUUUCAAUCAAUUAGAAUUACAAAAAUUCUCUACUACGAUUCAAAUCAAUGGCAUGUCUCUAAUCGACUAUUUCAAAGCUUAUAUGAUACAUCGUACUCAAACAACUAUUGGUAAUAUAUUUCAAAAAUUCAAUCACUUUCGACAGAUCAUUGCUCAACGUUAUCAACGAGCAUCAGCUGCCAAGACAAUGGUUGGUGUGUCACCUGAAGUGAUUGUUGAUGUUCUUCAUUGUCCUUAUAAAUCUGACGAAUUAUCUCACGUAUCCUUAGGUCCAAACUAUGCUCGUCCUAAUCCAAGUGCUCUUCGUAAGUUGAAACAUCGUGAAACUCAAAUAGGACAUCAUCUGAAAGAUAUCACUGAGAAAGUUAAAAAUCAAGUAAAGAACUACUGCAAAAGAGACGUACCAGUCCCAAGAAUGACACGUUAUUCUGAAUUAGUUGAAAAUUUACUUCGACAACAUUAUAUGACUCCAUUAUCCUAUGUUGAUCGCAUGCGCGCUGCACGAGAAUUCAAAUUAGUUAAAUCUAUUCGACGAAAGGCACAACAUGCGAAACUUAUUAUACGUGUCUGCGAUAAAGGUGGUGGUUUUCAUAUUGGUAGUAAAAGUGAUUAUGAAAGAAAAGCAGCUAAAUAUCGUGAAGAUACAAAAGCCUAUCAAGAAUUAUCAUACAAUCCAUUGAAGGAAAUAUUCACUAAUGUAACAAAUGCACUCGAUAUUCUCAAGAAUAAUAAGCAAUUACCACUCAAGGAAUACAAUCGUCUAAUGCCAAAACCGGAUCAAGUCAAAUUAUCUUACAUGUAUUUUAAUCCAAAACCGCACAAAGAAGGAACACCAUUGAGACCAAUACUAAAUACCAUUAAAUCAGUUACAAGAUCUAUAUCUGAUUUCUUAAAUGAAUUGAUUCGACCUAUUUAUGAUCAAUAUAAUAAAGAGAAUACAAUUAUUGAUGGUGUGAAUCU